GUUCACGCCGAAAUCGGGAAAAGGGGAGGAGCGAAUUGAAGUGUUCAACUUCACAGGGAAGGGGUGUCUCAUGGGAAUGUAUAAUACAGAAGAGGUUUUGUGAUUUGAAUUCGAUACGAGGAUUUGCCCACAGCUCAAUGCAGUAUGCUUUGAUGCGAAAAUCCCCUCUCUAUCUCAGUACCAAAAACACCAUCCUGAAAAAAUACGACGGCCUCUUUAAAGACAUAUUCGAGGAAGUAUACAACUCAGAAUACAAAUCUGCUUUUGAAAAGGAGAACAUUUGGUACGAGCAUAGAUUAAUUGAUGACAUGGUCGCUCAGUGCAUUAAGAGUUCAGGCGGGUUUGUAUGGGCGUGCAAGAAUUACGACGGAGAUGUGCAAAGUGAUAUUGUAGCCCAAGGCUUCGGAAGUUUGGGUCUGAUGACUAGCGUGUUAAUGUGUCCAGAUGGCAAGACUAUAGAGACAGAGGCUGCGCAUGGAACUGUGACUAGACACUAUAGGCAGCAUCAGCAGGGUAAAGAAACUAGUACGAAUCCGAUUGCGUCUAUAUUUGCGUGGACUAGAGGGCUGCAGCAUAGAGGCCGGUUGGAUGAUAAUCCAGAACUGAUCAAGUUCUGUGACUCAUUAGAAGCUUCAUGCAUUGAAACAGUCGAACAGGGCAGUAUGACUAAAGAUUUAGCUGGUUGUAUUCAUGGCGUGGCUAAUGUGAAGCCGGAACACUACCGAAAUACGAUGGAUUUCCUUGAAGACGUAGCUGAUAAUUUGAGUGGGAAAAAAUGAAGUAUAGAUUGACAUAUUUUGUCCAUGCUUUUACUUUAUUUACUGGAUACUUCUUCUGAAAUCAUUAUAGUAAAACGGAAUAAAUUAUAUAAUAUGGGAAAA